AUGAAGAUAUUUUGAAAACAAACAAAAGCGUAUUAAUCUAAACAUUAAUAGAAUUGUAAUUUGAUAAAAGAAUCUAUUGGGAGUGGGAACAAAAUCUCAAGUCAUGUGGUUGUGGAUCAAAUUGAGAAACCACUGUGCUGAGCCAGUCACAGCCAAACAAGUUGACUAGGAAGUCUUCGAUCCUAACGUCAAUGGAAGAGCAAUUGAAAAAGACAGCCGUGAAAUGAGCAUUUAAAUCUCUCUGCAAGACGGCCAAUUGGAGAUGGGACAAGUAGGACCAAUUUCAAGUAAUUGUGGGCGAAACCCAAACCCACCAUCGUCAUCUUCAAAACCAUCUUCUUUAUUUGUCAAAAUCGAUAAUGAAUGCCAGACUUUUCGUCGAGGCAGCAGCAGAACAGUACUGGUGAUUAAACCUCUAUAUAGACAAUAUUGGAUCUGAUUCUUAUCCAUAGACCUCUCCCUCUUCCUUUGCGCCAUUUCCAUAGAUAUCAAUAUGGGCGAAGAAAGUUUUCAACAGCAAAGAAGCUAUUGGUGGAGAUGGAGCAAACAAGAUUUCUUACCAGAAGAAUCCUUCCAGAGCUGGAGCAACUACGGCACUGCCCUGUCACAGACAUGGUUUCGAUUCAUGGACCGUCUCCAGAGUAGAUCAUUCGACGAAAAUGAGAUUGGGGAGCUGAAGAAACGAAGUGAGAAUGAAAUGAAACGUUGCCUCACAUGGUGGGAUCUCACCUGGUUCGGAUUUGGCGCUGUAAUUGGCGCUGGAAUCUUCGUCCUCACAGGCCAAGAAGCUAACAAACAUGCUGGACCAGCCAUUGUUCUUUCCUAUGUUGCUUCUGGCAUUUCAGCAAUGCUCUCUGUUUUCUGCUACACAGAGUUCGCAGUAGAAAUCCCAGUUGCAGGGGGCUCUUUUGCAUACCUGAGAAUUGAAUUGGGGGACUUUGCAGCUUUCAUUACUGCUGGUAACAUUCUCCUCGAGAGCAUCGUCGGCACUGCCGCUGUCUCCCGAGCGUGGACUUCUUACUUUACCUCACUUCUGGACCGACCCAGCGAUUCGUUGCGCAUCCACACAAAUCUCAAAGAGGGAUUCAAUCUUCUCGACCCCAUUGCCGUAGCGGUCCUGGCGAUUGCUGCAACAAUGGCAAUGAUCAGCACGAGGAAGACUUCAUACCUGAAUUGGAUUGCUUCUGCAGUCAAUACAGUGGUGAUUCUGUUUGUCAUAAUCGCAGGAUUCAUACACGCAGACAAAUCAAAUCUGACUCCCUUUGUGCCUUUUGGGGCUAAAGGCGUCUUCCAAGCUGCUGCAAUUGUUUACUUUGCUUAUGGAGGUUUUGAUAACAUUGCCACCAUGGCUGAGGAAACUAAAAAUCCAUCGAAAGACAUACCUUUGGGAUUGUUGGGAUCGAUGUCGAUAAUCACUGUGAUAUACUGCUUGAUGGCACUGUCGCUGAGUAUGAUGCAGAAGUAUACUGACAUAGACCCAGGUGCAGCCUACUCUGUUGCCUUCGAGAGGGUUGGAAUGAAAUGGGCCAAGUAUUUGGUGGCUCUUGGUGCUCUAAAGGGAAUGACCACUGUUCUUCUGGUCGGGGCGCUUGGGCAAGCUCGGUAUACAACUCAUAUUGCACGAGCCCACAUGAUUCCUCCUUGGUUUGCUCUUGUCCAUCCCAAGACUGGAACUCCCAUAAAUGCUACACUCUUGAUUGCCAUAUCGAGUGGCUGCAUUGCCUUCUUCUCUAGCUUGGACGUUCUGGCGAGCUUGUUGUCGGUCAGCACACUAUUUGUCUUCAUGAUGAUGGCGGUGGCUCUUCUGGUUAGGAGAUACUAUGCAAAAGGGGUCACUCCACGGUUAAACCAGUUGAAGCUUUUCAUUUUCCUGUUAACCAUCAUUGCUUCCUCCAUAGGAACUGCUGCAUACUGGGGGCUUUAUCCGAAUGGUUGGAUAGGAUAUGCCGUGACCGUCCCGAUAUGGUUCCUGGGGACUCUGGGGAUCUCAUUGCUUCUGCCAAUGCAAAGAAAACCGAAAGUUUGGGGGGUGCCACUGGUGCCGUGGCUGCCGAGUUUGUCGAUCGCAAUGAACAUCUUUCUCAUGGGAUCACUGGGUCCGGAGGCUUUUGAAAGAUUCGGAAUCUGCACACUAGUGAUGCUUAUCUACUAUGUUUUCUUUGGUCUUCAUGCAACUUAUGAUAUGGCUCAUCAACAAGACAAAUUGAUUACACAACAGCAGGCUAAAGAAGAAACCAAGCCCAGUGCGGGUCCUUAGAUUUAGACGUUGUUUAAGAAUAAUGUGCAAUUCAGUUUCAAGGCAAUCAAAUUAUCACAUUUGGACCUGCUCAUAUUUGCAGUCUUGUAGAAUUUCUUAUGAAACAAAACUCUAGUGAAGAAUUACAUGCAUACAUAUCCCGUUUGAUCUUGAA